AGUGCGGCGGUCGGGGUGGCAGUGGCAGCGUUCGUGUGCUCGGGUGUGAAUCGCCGGGGGAGGAGGCGGUGGAGGAAGAGGUGGCGGCGGUGGCGGUGGUCGUAGCGGUGGCGGAGGAGGCGGGUACGAAUCAGCUGCGGGCGGAGACAUGGCCAACAUCGCGGUGCAGCGAAUCAAGCGGGAGUUCAAGGAGGUGCUGAAGAGCGAGGAGACGAGCAAAAAUCAAAUUAAAGUAGAUCUUGUAGAUGAGAAUUUUACAGAAUUAAGAGGAGAAAUAGCAGGACCUCCAGACACACCAUAUGAAGGAGGAAGAUAUCAACUAGAGAUUAAAAUACCUGAAACAUAUCCAUUUAAUCCCCCUAAGGUCCGGUUUAUCACUAAAAUAUGGCAUCCUAAUAUUAGUUCCGUCACAGGGGCUAUUUGUUUGGAUAUCCUGAAAGAUCAAUGGGCAGCAGCAAUGACUCUGCGCACAGUAUUGUUGUCAUUACAAGCUCUGCUGGCAGCUGCAGAACCGGAUGAUCCACAAGAUGCAGUAGUAGCAAAUCAGUACAAACAAAAUCCUGAAAUGUUCAAACAGACAGCUCGACUUUGGGCACAUGUGUAUGCUGGAGCACCAGUUUCUAGUCCAGAGUACACCAAAAAAAUAGAAAACCUAUGUGCUAUGGGCUUUGAUAGGAAUGCGGUAAUAGUGGCCUUGUCUUCAAAAUCAUGGGAUGUAGAGACUGCAACAGAAUUGCUUCUGAGUAACUGAAACAUAAAGAGAGAUGCUGAUAUAGUCAAGCUUGCCCCUUCUUGGAGGAGCAUCAACAUCUGUUAUUUUUAGGAUUCUGCAUAGAUUUCUUUUAAACUGGCAUUCUUGCCUAAUGAUGUUAUCUAGGCACCAUUGGAGACUGAAAAAAAUCCCUGCUCUGUAAAUAAAGCUAAUUAAACGUCUGUGUAAAUUUAAAAAGGGGAAAUACUUUAAUUUUUUUCUUACUUAAUAGUGUAAAAAUUCUUUUGAGCUAAGCUAAAACCAUGGAAAAAACAUGCUACUUUAGUGUUUAGCAGUAUACCAAGACUAGCAAGAGUUUGCUUCAGGAUUUCGUUGAAUAAUUAAGAUAAUAUUUUGAGUGUGUCAGGGCCAUUCAAAUUGUUGGUGUUGCAUCACAGCUACCUUAACUGUUUUUAACAUGGAUCCUCUGUGCCUGUGAAUUUACUUGCAUGCUUGUACUUGACUUCUUAGGAUGGGUAGCUGAAAAGACCACCAUUUUAAGCAUUUGAGAAUUCUUCAAUAUGAGAUUUAUCCAGAAAUGAAGAUGGUGACCUAGUCAGAGCCUUUUUUGUCCUUGUCAACAGACUAGGACAACAUAUCUGUUUUUCCCCUCUUUCCACACACAGCUAAUAUUCUAAUACUAAAUUUCUUAAUAUUUGGUGGGGAAAUGUGCUGAAGGACAGUAUCCCUUGCUCCAUUUUAGAUCAUCCAUUUGGAAUGUUUUGUCACAAUUCUCCACUCUUAAAACUUUCCUAUAUAAGUAAAUAAUGUUGUAAAAAUGGAGCUGCCAAUUUUGUUUCUUUUUUUUUUUUUUUUUUUUUUUU